AUGACAUUCGGUGCAUCAGAUGAGACUCUUCCACAUAUCCCUCUACGUCCUUUCCGAAACCAAGUCGGUGGCCACAGCGCGAUCUACAGAUUUACCAAGCGUGCUGUGUGCAAGCCGCUGGUUUCGAGAGAGAAUCAGUUUUAUGAAGCUGUUGAGCGAGAAGCACCCCCAUUACUUGGAUUCAUUCCACGUUAUCUCGGCGUGAUGCUUGUUACUUACCGACGCGUAUCCAAAGGCUCGUUACCAGCCAUCAACUCGAAUGCACCUGACACGCAUACUCUUCAUCCUCAUUCGACCUAUCCGCCGCCUCCCGACUUUCACACAUCUAAUUCCUACCUUUCUCAUCCCACUGAAGGGUCGACAUCGCAGUUCCUAGAAGACGAUGAUGUGUCGAGCCAUGAAACAUCCGAUGAAAUGCCCGAAGUGGUGCUUGAUCGUAAUCGUCACAUUAUUCCUGAAUGGGUUCUCCACCUUGACGGACCGAAACACGAUCGUCUGCGCGGUGUGAUUGCAUCAACACCUGACCUUGUGCGACAACAGCCUUCAUCAGUGAAGUGCAGUCCUUCCUCGUGUCAGGCUACCACACCCCUCCAGGAGGGGGAGCCGCCCACCCCUUCCAAUUCACCCGAAUGCUCCUCAGGUACCCUUCCAACGUCAUUUGCGGAACCCCAUCCAGUUCAUCGUACAUCAGUACAGGAGGGGACCCACCCGCCUUCCUUGCAGCAGGAAACUCCUAGUUGGUUUGGGGGAACAGGGUUAACGAUGGUUAACACAAAGCUCAAAGAUCACGUCUUUAACACCAUUCUCCGUAGGUUCCAGCGUCGGAAUCGCGCCAAGUGGUCCACGAAGACAGAAGACGAGGGUGAGAUGGCGGAUCAUGAGGGUCGUCCGACUUCCUCUACCCGACGUUCUCGCUCACAUCGUCGGAGGCACCCUGUGGGACAAGCGGAGAGGCUGAAAGGAGAGGAAGGAAGUCUUCAGAUCUCCUCCGUUCUUCCGCGUGUCCAGAGUGAGUCUGCUAUAGACUCAAUGUAUGUACAAGAAAGUGCCAGCGAUAGGGAUUCCCUUACGCUUGAAGAUCAGCACCAACUCGUCCUCCCUUCCUCCCUCACAAGACAUCGAAGUCGGUCACGAUCUUUCGGGUUUUCUAGCCCUGUAACACCUGUUUCCAGUAAACCUCCGUCCACAUUCAACUUUGAUGACUCGAUUACGCGUCAAAAUCAUUUCAUUUGCAUGGAAGAUUUGACUGGUCGGUUAAAACGCUCGUGCGUUCUUGACCUGAAGAUGGGGACACGACAGUAUGGCAUGGACGCGACGCUUGCCAAGAAGAAGAGUCAACGGAAGAAGUGUGACCACACGACGAGCAGGCCCCUAGGCGUCCGGGUCUGUGGUAUGCAGGUGUGGAACAACGCCACACAAUCAUACGUGACCCAAGACAAGUACAGGGGCCGAGACGUAAAAGCUGAAGAGUUCGAGUCAGUGUUGACGUCUUUCCUGCAAGAUGGGGAACGUCUCCUCGUCUGGCAGAUUCCUGUUCUUCUCCAGAAGCUCUAUGCUCUCGCUCGGAUUAUCAAUCGGCUGAGGGGCUUCAGGUUCUACGGCUGCAGUCUCCUCCUUAUCUAUGACGGAGAUCGUGAGGCACAAGAAGCGUUCCGAACAUGCGCUCUUGAGCACCCUUCAUCCCGUAGUAAGCGUGGAGAAUCGAUGGAGCGAUCCAGUACGCGGUCCAGCGCCAGUGACGAGCGGCCCUUGUUGCGCCGUACUCAUAGCGAAGACCUGCUCGUUGGUCCAGUUGGCAAGCGUUCCAGCGGGAAGCGAAAGCGCGGCGAAGUCAACGUCCGCAUCGUUGACUUUGCUCAUACAAGUACUGGACGGGAUUGGCUUCCUUAUCCUCCGCCCGCAGAUCGUGAUAUCAUCCAUCAGGUGUCAAGUUCCAAGGGUUACCAGGCUGAAGUGGAUGUGGAAACGGGGCUAAUAUAUGCUCGGUUCCCUCCUCACUUUCCCGAAGAGCCUGAUCGCGGGUUCCUGUUCGGGUUGAAGAACCUUACGGAAACCCUUGCGAACAUUUGGAACGAAGAACGUGUUCGUAGGAUCAAAGCUUCGCGGGAUGAUCCGUCUGCUGACACCAGUCAGCUACCUCCUCUAUGUGCUGAUGGCAAAGAGAUCUUUGAUGAAAUCUUCAGUCGCUUGGAUGAUGAAGAUCCCGGCAUGCUCUCCACCUGA